AUGACAAUUGGUAAAGAUUUUCUUUCAAAUUUAAAUAAUCAUACUGAUGAUGAAUCAGAUGAAUAUAAACGAAAUGAUUCAAUACAAAUUGGUUUUGAACAAGAACUUAAAUCUUUAACAGUACAUUAUGGAGAUUCAGCAAGAUUUGAAGCUAAAAUACGUUUAAUAUCAACAUCAUCAUGUCAACCAAUUGACCGUACAUUAUUACGUAUUGAAUGGCGUUUAAAUGAUAUAUCAAUUACCAAUGAUAAUAGUUCAAAGUAUCAAUUCGGAUGUUUACAUGAUGAAAAUCGUUUUUGGAUGGAUAUACGACAAUGUCAACAACAAGAUGAAAAAGUUUAUACAAUUUAUAUUAGUUAUGAUAAUGGAAAAUUACAUGAUGAAUCUAGUGCAUAUCUUUUUCUAAAUAGCUAUUCAAUUGAGCAUGAAGAGCAAUCUUUUGAAAUCAACCAUAAAGAAUUGAGUAUCAUAAGUUCACCAUCAUUGUCCACAUCUUCUAAUCGUUAUGUACCACCAAAAAUAACUCGAGCACUUCAAUCGUCGUAUAGAUAUCAUUCAGGUGAGCAAUUACAUUUCUUGGUGGAAUAUAUUUGUUCAUCGGUUGAAUGUCAAUCUGCAUGGCAAGUACAGCAUUCGAAUGAUAAAAUGCCAAAACCAAUAGAAGAUGGAUUAAUAGUUAAUGCUGAUUGUUCAUCGAUUUUAAUUAUUGAAUCGAUUACUUCGGAAUUACAGGGUUUGUAUACAUUCUAUGUUGAAAAUCUAUAUGGACGUGCUAAAACACAAACACUUGUUAUUAUUGAUUCAAAUAAUAUUAAUGAUGAUGAUACACAACAAUAUAAUGAAAUACAAUAUGAAACAUCGAAUCAAAAUAAUGAAUUACAACAAUAUUAUUCAAAUGGAUCAUCGCAUAAAACUAUUUCAGCAAUACAUGAUUUAUCAUCAAAUGAAUCAUCGGAAUAUGAAGAACUUAAAGCUCAUUCUUCCAAUGAAAAAUCAAUCUCAUCAAUGUCAAUUACCGAUGAAGAUAUGACCUUUUCAUCAGUUAAUGAAGAAAAAUCAAAUAAACAAAAACAUGAGUUUCAAAUUAAUCUAUCGACUGUUGAAGAUUUAUAUAGUCAACGGCAUAUUGCAUAUUUUGAUCCAUCACCUAAAUUUGAACAUGGUGAACCUAUUGAACAAUUUGAAAAUGAUGAUCCCUUUACACGAAGCACAAUUAAUAAUUAUCAAAUACAAAAUGGACGUGAUUCAACAGCUCAGGUUAAAUUCGAUCUUCCUCCACCACCACCCAUCGAUGAUAAUUCAGACGAACAUAUCUAUGAGGACAUUCCACACAUUAUUCCUAUUCCACAAACUUCUGCCAUGAUUUCCGUCCGACAGGAAUCAACUGAUAUAACAGAUAGAGAUAUAAGUGCAAUGGAACAUUCAUCAUUUAUGUCUUGUUCACCAAAUUCACUUGAUGAAGCACUUAAUAUUGUUGAACAAUGGCCUGAUAUUAAUACUGAUAAUGAUAUGUUUGAAUUAUCAUCACCAUCACGAAUUUCACAAAUUUCAUAUUUAAUACCAGCAACAAAUGAAUAUAUAGAUGAUCAAUAUAUGAAUUAUAAUUCAGUUGUUAAUUCAGCUAAUAUUCAGAAUAUUUCAUCACAUGAUAAAUCAAUUCAAGAUACAUCGAUUAAUAUAAAUUACGUACGUCAUACAGAAUUCAAUGAUUCUAAGCAACAAGUCAAACUAAUUACACAACCAAGUGUUAUUGCUGAUGAAAUCAUUUUUUGUGAAAAUGCAAUCAAUCUUGAUCAAAUUCAUUGUGUUAAAAAACAAGUCAGAUAUACUGAAUUAUCCAAUGAAUUACAUAAACAAACAGAAGAACAAUUAGCAACAAAUCGUCAAAUAACAUCUCCUGUAAAACACGAAGAAAAAGUUGAAAAUUUAGUUUCAAUAGAUUCAUUACAUAGUAUCGAUCAUGUCAUUGAAACAAUUCAUGUAGAAGAUGAAUUAUACGAAGCUAAAGAAACAUUUAUUUCUGGUAUGCAAGUAUCAAACGAUCAAUUUGAUACUUUAUCUACUGAUUUUAUAGAAUGCAAAUCACCUGCAUCAUCCAUAACUGAAACUGAAGAACCAUUCACAAUUUUAUCCAAUGAAUACAUUGAUCAUAGUGAUAUCCUAUCUUCCGAAACAUGUCCACAUAAUCAAAAUUCCGACACUAUUAUUAUUACAGCUGAAGAUAUUUCUUCUGUAAAUUUUCCUAUAUCAUCUGCAUCGAUAGAAUCGUCAGGUUCAGUAUCAGCUACGGCAAUUAAUGAACAAACACCUAUUAUUACUCUAACUAUUAUUGGAGAGACUCAAGAAUCUUUAUCUGUACCGAUUCAAACAGAUCUAUUACCACUUGCUACAAUGCCUGAUCAAACAAAAAAUAUAGACGAACAACGUGUACCAGAUAGAAUUGUUCAAGAUGUUCUUUCCGCUUCACUCGAACCCGCAAAAGUUACUCAUACUGAAGGUACAGUAGAGAUUAUGCCAUUGGCAUCAAUAGAAAAAAUAAAUGAUAUUCCUGCCAUCAACAAUCAUACUGAAUUUUGUUAUGUUGAGUCUGAAAACUUGGAAAAAACACCAAUUACUUUAGCCGAAGCAGAAAAAUUACAACAUGAUGCAGCUAUAGAACCAAAAGAAGAAGAUUCGAAAUUAAUAAAUGUACAAACUACACUAAAACCUUGUACUUCAAUAGAAAACAACGGCGAUGAUAUUGUGGAUGUGUCCGUAGAGAAAUCUACAAAUAAAAAAAAGAAAAGUACUAUUUCAUCCGUACAAGAAACUCCCAAUGACAAAAAAUCAAAACCAGUCAGUAAAAAGGACACUGAUGUAUCAUGCAAUUCUAAUAAAAAAGACGAAGCACAAAUAACUGCCAAAAAAACAAAUGAUAUUGACCAACAAAUACUAUCCGAUCAAGAUAGUAAGUCUGAAUUACAGAAAGUUUUUGAUAAAAAGAAAAAAGAACCUAUUAUCACUGAAAAUCCAAUGCCAAUUGACAAAAUUCAAUCAAUAGAGCAAGAAUGUAUUCAACCAAAAUUUUCUCUUCGUCUCAAACCAACAACUACAAUAGAUCAUGAUGAGAAACUUCAAUUAGAAGUUCAUUUUACUGGACAACCAGAACCAAUAGCAACAUGGUAUUUUAAAUCAGAUAUACUUCUAUGUUCAUCUAAUAUACAUGUUAUUCAAUCACAUAAUACUGAUAAAUUCUAUUCAACAUUAACUAUUCAGAAAAUUAAUUCCGAUUAUGAUGGUAAAUUUAAAGUCAUAAUAAAAAAUAAAUUAGGUGAAGCUGUUAGUGCCACACAAGUAAAUGUUAAACGAGCAUGUAUAGCUGUACAAUUACAUACACCCACGAAGAAAACGAAUGCUAAUAAGACAGCAAUAUGCCCAACAAAUGACAAAAACCGUGUAUCAUUUUCCGGUGCAAGUGGUGGCACUGGUGAAACAGCAGAAGCAAUGUCAAAUGAAAAUCCAAAUUCUACUCAAAGACGUCGUUCAAGUACAUUAGCUAUACCUGAAGGCAAACCAACAUUUUCUCAACCACUUGAAAAUGAAUUAUUUAUUAAUGAAGAUGAUCAACUUAAUCUCGAAUGUAUAGUUACCGGUAAUCCUGUACCAGAAUUAAUUUGGUUAUUUAAUGAUCGAAAAGUCGUUUUUGAAGAUGGUUAUGAUAAAAAAACUGAAAUAUUAAAUCCUCAUACUGUACGUCAUCAAUUACUUAUCAGUCCUAAACAUAAAAAAUUAGGUGUUUAUAAAGCUCAAGGGCAAAAUACAUUUGGUCAUACAAUUAGUACAUGUCAUGUUAAAAAAUCAGCUCAUUCAAUUAAUCAACGAAGAGCUGCAUUUGAAGAAUCAGAAUUAUUAUCAGUAGCUCCACCUACUCAAAGACGUCGUUCAAGUGUAACAGCACCUGCUAAUCUUGAACAACUUCAACAACAACAAAUAACACAAAAACCAAUAAUUGUUCAAGGUCUUUCAAAACUUCAAGUCGAUUUAAGUUCACCUUGUGCAUUAACAUGUAAAUCAAAAUAUGAUACUGAACAACAAUGGAUUAAAGAUGGACAACCAUUAGCUGGUACAAAAUCAAAUGAUGGUAAUGUAUUUACAAAAGCUGAUCGAUCCAAUGAUGGAAAUACACAUGUACUUAAUAUAAAACAAUUUAAACAAGAAAAUAGUGGAAAUUAUGAAUUAUUAUUAAAAAAUAAUCUUGGACAAAUUACUUCUCAAGGACAAUUAGAAAUGAAAGGUAUACCACCAACAUUUACUGUUGAACCAAAAACAACACAAGUGGUUAAAGGUAAUACAGCUGAAUUCAAUUGUCGAAUUAUUGGAAGUCCAAAACCAGAAGUUCAAUGGUUUCUUAAUGGAAAGAUUUUACAUUCUGGUGGUAAAAUUUCUAUUGUUGAAGAACGUGGUUUAGUUAUUCUUCGUAUCGAGAAUAUUACGGAUGCCGAUAAUGGUACAAUAAAAUGUGUUGUAAAAAAUACUUUAUCAGAAAUUUCACGUGAAGUUCAAUUACAAAUCAUUGGUGAACAACGUACACCAAAAAUACUUGAUAAAUCAAAAUCAAUUACAGUGAAUGCUGAUGAAAGUACAGAAUUUUUUGUUAAAGUAUCUGGUGCACCAACACCAGUAGUUACAUGGACACGAAAAGGCAUGACAUUAUCUUCAAAUGAUUUAUAUCAAAUUCGAAAUGAAAAUGAUAUGCAUUAUUUAUUAAUAAAAAAAGCUGUUGCUGAAGUUGUUGGAACGUAUGUUAUAACAGCAGCUAAUAGUGCAGGAAAAGUUUCGACAGAAAUUGAUCUUACUAUCACUGGUUUAACUACAUUAUUUGAACGUCCAUUACGUGAUACAUCAGUGACACAGGGUCGCCCAUUAUCCCUUGAUUGUGAAGUCAAUAUCAAAAAUGGUGUACCAACAAUCGUCUGGAUGAAAAAUAAUGAACCAAUAACAAAUUCUGAUCGUAUUGUUCCAUCUGUAAAAGGCAAUAAAGUUCAUGUUUUAACAAUUAAACAAGCAACACCAUCUGAUGCUGGUUACUAUAGUGUAAAAGCUACUUUAGGUAGUUCAAUAAGUGUAUCUGAUGCUCAAGUUAGUAUUGAAGUUGCACCAACAUUUGUUAAAAUUCCUGAAACUGUUACUGUUGUUGAUGGACAAGAUUGUAAAAUAAAUAUUGAAGUAUAUGGUUUACCACCUCCGCUUGUUAAAUGGUCACAUUUAGCUGAAGAUUUAACAACAAAUGCUAAAUAUACAAUUACAUCUGAUGGUACACAUCAUCAAUUACGUAUUCAACGUGCAACAGCACAAGAUGCUGGUGAAUAUCAAGUUAUUUGUUCAAAUAAUCUUGGUCGUAUAACAGGAAAAAUUGAUGUUAGAAUCUCAUCACCACCCGUUAUAAUACAACCAUUAAAAGAUUUAUUUAUUCCAAUAAAACGUAUAGCACGAUUAGAAACACAAAUUCAUGCAUUUCCUGAACCAAAAAUAAUUUGGUCAAAAGAUGCUAUACCUAUUGAUUUUAGUUUAUAUCCAGGAAGAAUAAAUGCUGAAGAACGUCGAGGAACUUAUUCUUUAGUUAUAAAAAAUAUACAAUUAGAAGAUGGUGGUUUCUAUGUAUGUACAGCACAAAAUUCAUUUGGUACGAUAAAAACAUCAGCUACAUUAACUGUUGAAGUUGCACCUGUAUUUUUACAAAAACUGGAAAAAUUAGAAGGUGUUGAAAAUUGUGAUAUUGAUAUACGUUUACAAGUUGUUGGUUAUCCAAAACCAAAAUUAGAUUUUUCAUUUAAUCAACGACCUAUUGAAUUAAAAGGCCGAUAUGCAUUAAAAGAACUUAAAUCUGGUUGUUAUGUAUUUACUAUAAUGAAUGCACAACAUUCUGAUGCAGGUUCGUAUUCAUGUACAGCAACAAAUUCACUUGGACAAGCAUCAUCCGUUGGAAAAUUAACAUUAUAUCCAUUAUCUCCACCAAAUUUUACAAGAAGUUUAACUGAUGCUGUAUUUCCUGUUGAAGGAAUAUUAAAAGUUGAAACGAAAGUUAGUGGUUUACCAUUUCCACGUUUAACAUGGUUUAAAGAUGGACAAAUUUUUGAUGAAAAUGAUCGUAUAUCAAUUGAAUAUGAUUCUGCAACUGGCACAUGGGCAUUAAUAAUACGUGAUUGUCAAGAAAGUGAUACAGGCGUUUAUGAAUGUCGUGCAAAAAAUCCUGGAGGAGAAAAAAUAAGUAAAUGUAAAAUAACAGUCUCAGGUGAAGCAGCAUCAUUUAUUGAUACACCAGAAAAAGUUACUUGUUUGGAAGGACAAACAGCUGUAUUUGGUUGUCGAGUAUCUGGUGAUCCAUAUCCAAUAGUUGUAUGGUCAAAAGGUAAAACAAAAACAUUUACAGAAAAUACAUCGAAAUAUGCACUUUAUUAUGAUGAUGAAUUUGAUGCACAUUUCUUUGAAAUCAAUCAAUGUUCGGAUGCUGAUACAGGCACUUAUACAGUUACAAUUCAGAAUGUUCAUAAAACAUUAAUAAAACCUGUUUCAUGUUUUAUUGUAACUAGACCAGAAGAAGUUAUUGAUUAUAAGAGUAUUUUACGAAGAAUGGAAGCUGCAGAACGUGAAGUUGAUGGUGGACCUGAUUGGGGUAAAUUAAAGAAAGGUAAAGGUAAACCAAGAGGUCCAGGUGAUCCUGGUUGGCAAUAUCAAUUGAAACAUUUUGAAUUAACUGGUGAUGCACAAUUAAAAACAUAUGAUAAAGGUCAAAGUGGAGAUUUAUUAGGUUUAACACCUAGUGAAUAUGCUGGACGUCGUUCACGUUCAGGUACAGGUCUUGGUGAUGAUUUAGGCAAUGAUGAUGGACGUGGAUUAGGUGUACCAAAACCUGGAGCAGGUAAAGAUCGUCGAGUAUCACGUCUUGGUCUUGUCACAUUUACAAAACCAUUAUCAAAUAUAACUGUACAUGAAGGUAAAAAUGCUGCAUUUGAAUGUAAUGUAUCUGAACCUGAUGCACCUGUAACAUGGUAUAUUAAUGAUCAACCUGUACCUACUCAACGUGCACAAACAUUAGCUAUUGGUAAAACACGUCGUCUUGUAUUAAAAGAUUGUUUAUUAAAUGAAAAUAAUUCUACAAUAACAUGUGCACUUGAUGAAGCAACAAAAACGAGUGGACAAUUAUUUGUUAAAGAAGAACCAUUUGAUUUUACAGAUAAAUUAAAGAAUCUUAAAAUAAAACGUGGAACUAAAUGUGAAUUACAAUGUGCUGUUAAUAAACCUAAUAUUGCAUUACAAUGGUUUAAAGAUGGAAAACCAAUUACAGAUAUUAAAGAAGAAGUUGAUGGUUUAGUUCAUCGAUUGAUAAUACCAGUUGCUGAAGAUAAAGAUAAAGGUGUUUAUACAGCUAAAUAUCAAGAUGUACAAACAGAAGGACAUGUAGAAAUAUUAGGUCCACCGCAAAUAAUUAAACCUCCAACUGAUUCUGUUCUUCUCGUUGGUCAAUCUGUUGUUCUUACUGCUGAAAUAACAGGUAGUCCAAAACCACAAGUUACAUGGUUAUUUAAAGGUCAACCAAUAAAACCAACAGCAACAAAACAUCAAAUGGAUGCAAAAAAAGAUGGUAUAUAUACUUUAACAAUUCUCAAAGGUGAAACAAGUGAUGAAGGUCAAUAUACAGUCGUCGCUGAAAAUCCUGUUGAUAAAGUUCAAGCAAAUGCUAAAGUUAGUGUAUGUACAAAACCAAAAGUUGAUAAAUUAGGUGAUGUUUCUGUUAAUAUUGGUGAAAAUGCUCGUAUACAAUGUCAAUAUUCUGGUAAUCCAAUACCAACUAUAACUUGGUAUAAAGAUGGAAAACCAAUUCCAGAUAAUGAUCAACGAUUUCUUAUAACACAAGAAACACAAACAUUAUCAGUUUUAACAAUUAAUAAUACAACUAUGGAUGAUAAAGGUGUUUAUUCAGUUAAAUUAACAAAUAUUGCUGGUGAUGUUGAAGGAAAAGCUAAUUUAGUUAUUAAACCAAUUAAACCAAGUAUUACACGUGAUCUUGAAACAACUUAUACUAGUAUAAAAGGUGAAGAUCUUAUAAUAUCAAUAUCUGGUACUGGUAAUCCACAUCCAACAUGUCAAUGGUUUAAAAAUAAUACUGAAAUAACAACAGCAACAGAUCAACGUAUACAAUUUAAAGAAGAUACAAAAACAAAUGAAUAUUUUCUUAUUAUUAAAAAUGCGACACAAGAUGAUAUGGGUGAAUAUCAAGCUCAAUUAACUAAUGUUGCAGGUUUAAUUAAAUCGAAGAAAAGUAAAAUAACUAUACAAAAACAACCAACAUUUAUUAAAAAACCACAAUCAAUUACUGUCAAUCAAAAUGAUACAGGUAAAAUUGAAUGUCAAAUUGAUGCAUUACCACAAGCAAAAGUAACAUGGUUAGUAUCAGGUAAACCAAUUUCACCAAAAGAUGGUUAUGAAACAGCAUUUGAUGUCAAAACUGGUAUUGCAACAUUAUCAAUUAAAAAUAUAACAACAAAACAUGCUGGACCAAUUACUGUUCGAGCAGAAAAUACAGCUGGUACAGCUGAAGAAACAGCUGAUAUUAAUGUACGUUCAGCACCAAUUCUUCUUAAACCUCUAACUGAUACAGAAGUUAUUACAACGUAUGAUGCAACAUUUACAUGUGAAUUUCAAUCAUCACCACAAGCAACUAUAAAAUGGUUUUGUAAUGGUAAACCAAUAACACCUACAGCAAAUAAAUAUGAUAUAUCAUAUGAUACAAAAACAAAUCAACAUAAACUUAUUAUUAAAAAUACAACAUUAAAUGAUAAUGGAAAUUAUAGUGCACAAGCAAUAAAUGAACUUGGACAAAUUCAAACAGAAGCUAAACUUCAUGUUAUAAAUGCACCCGAAUUUAUUUCUGGUUUAAAAGAUCAAACAGUAAUUGAAAAAGAAACAAUUGAAUUAAUUAUUAAAGUUUCCGGUACACCACAACCAACAUUAACUUGGUUGAAAGCUGGAAAAGAAAUAAAAAUUGAUGAGAAAAAAUAUUCCGUUGUACCUAUAGAUAAAGAUGGUAAUGCUAAAUUAAUCAUUAAAGAUAUCAAUGAAGAAGAUCAAGCAUUAUAUUCUUGUGUUGCAAAAAAUAAAGUUGGUGCAAAUCAAACGGAUGGUCAUUUGAAAGUAACAGCACCAUUAAAAUUCAUACAACCAUUACAAGAUACAGAUGUAUUAACUACACAAAAUGCUACAUUAACAUGUGAAGUACAAGGUAUUCCGAAAGCAAAUAUUAAAUGGUAUUUCAAUGAUAUUGAACUUAAAUCAACAGGAAAACAAACGAUAUCAUCUAAACAAAAUAUACAUUCAUUAACAAUUAAUCGUUCUGAUGCAACUGAUGCUGGUAUUUAUAAAGCUGUUGCUGAUAAUGGCACUGGUAAAACAGUUGAAACAACAUGUACUCUUAUUGUUGGCAGUAAACCAAAAGUUGAAGGUAAACCUAAUGAUGUUACUGUUAAUGUUGAACAACCAGCUACUCUCGAAUGUACAUUUUCUGGUUUUCCAAAACCUGAAAUUACUUGGUUUAAAGAUAAUGUUCCAAUAACUCCCAAUCAACGUGUAACAAUUCAUGAAGAUAAACCAAAUGUUCAUUCAUUAAAAAUUGCUCGUUCUCAACUCGAUGAUAAGGCAACUUAUACAUGUAAAGCUAAGAAUCGUUUUGGUGAAAUUGAAGCUAAAAUGAAUCUAACAGUUAAUUCAAUAAAACCAACAAUUGUUCGUGAUUUACAAGAACAAGAAAUUAUUGAAAAAGGUAAAACAUUAGAACUUCAAGUUGAAAUAACUGGUUUACCACAACCGGAAAUUAAAUGGUAUAAAGGUAAUGAUGAAAUUAAUCCAACAAAUAAUAAAGAUUAUAAAAUAACAUUUGAUAAUAAACAAACUUAUACAUUAACUGUACAAAAUUGUUCACCUGAUCAUCAAGCUGAAUAUUCCGUACAAGCAACAAAUGCAGGUGGAACAGUUAAAUCAAAGAAAACAAAAGUUAUUGUACAGAAAAAACCAGAAUUUAUUAAAUUACCACAAUCACAAACAAUUAAAGAUGGACAACCAGUUGUGUUCGAUGCACAAAUUGAUGCUUAUCCACAACCAAAAGUUACAUGGUUAAAAGAUGGUAAACCAUUAACGCCCGAUCUUGGUUUUGAAAGUCAAUAUGAUAUUAAAACUGGUCAAAUAACACUUAAACAUAAAGGUGCAACUCCUAAACAUGCCGGUGAAUUUAUUUGUCGAGUAGAAAAUUCAGCUGGUACAAUCGAUGCACCAGUUAAACUUGAAGUUCAAACUGCACCAGUUAUUACAAAAAAAUUAGUUGAUCAAGAAGUGAUGAUUGAUAAUGAAAUUCGUUUUGUUGUUGAUAUUACUGGUUCACCAUCACCAAAAAUAUCUUGGACGAAAGAUGAUGUACCAAUCAAACCUGAUGCUCAACAUAUUAUUGAAACCAAUGGUACAACUCAAACAUUAAUUAUUAAAAAUGUUAAAGCAACUGAUGAAGGAAAAUAUCGUGUAACAGCAGAAAAUCCUCUUGGACAUGUUGAAUCAACUGCACAAUUAACAGUACUUGAACAUCCACUAGUUGAUCAACCAUUUGGUGAUAUUACUCAACCAGUUGGUACUGAUGUUAAUCUUAAAUGUAAAGUUAUUGGUGGUCGACCUAAAGCAACAGUAACAUGGCUUAAAAAUGGAAAAGAAUUUAAACCAGAUGAUCGACAUAAAAUAACAUCAUUACCUGAUGGUACAUGUGAAUUAUCUAUAAAAUCAUUGGAUGAAACAGAUCAUCAAGAUAAAUAUACAUUAUUAAUUAAAAAUAAAGUUGGACAAAAAGAAAUUCAUUCAACAAUUACUGUUAAAGCACCAUUAGAAUUUAUUCAACCAUUAAAAGAUCAAGAUAUACUUUCACAAUCACCAUGUACAUUAACUGUAGAAACAAAUGGAAUACCAAAACCAACAGUUAAAUGGUUUUUUAAUGAUCAAGAACUUAAAAAUACACCCAAAACUAAAAUUGAUUCGAAACAAAAUACACAUACAUUAACAUUACCAAAAGCUGAAUUAACAGAUGAAGGUGUUUAUAAAUGUAUUGCAACAAAUCCUGAUGGUACCAUUGAAACAAAAGCACAUAUAUCUGUUUGCACUAAACCAAAAAUUGAGGGUAAAGUUAAUGAUGUUACCGUUCAAAUUAAUGAACCAGCUGAGUUACGAACUAAAUUUAGUGCAAUACCAAAACCAAUUGUUACAUGGUACAAAGGAAAUGAUUUGAAUACACCUUUGAAACCAAAUGAAAAUAUUGAAAUAGGUGAAUUACCUGAUGGUACUAGUGUAUUAAAAAUCAAGAAAACUGAUUUAACCGAUAGCUCACCCUAUAUUGCUCGUGCAACAAAUAAAGUUGGUGAAAUUGAAUCAAAAAUAAAUUUAACUGUCAAAGAAAUCAAACCACAAAUAUUAUCUGAUAUUACGAAUGUUAAUGCCAUUCGUGAUCAACCAACAGAAUUUACAAUCAAAGCUACAGGAAAUCCACGACCAGAAAUUCAUUGGUUUAAAAAUGAUACAGAAGAAAUUCUUCCAACAAAUAAAGAUUUUCAAAUCGUUCAUGAUGUUCCAUCAGAUACAUAUACUCUUAAAAUAAAUAAAUGUAAACCUGAACAUCAAGGUGAUUAUUCAGCUGUGAUAUCGAAUUCAGGUGGUACAAUUAAAUCUAAAAAAGGUAAACUCACUGUUACAAAAUCACCUGAAUUUCUUGAAAAACCAACAUCAAUUAAUAUCAAUGAAAAUGAAUUAGCUGAAUUUCAUACGAAAAUUGAUGCUUAUCCAGCACCGAAAAUAACAUGGUUAUUUGAUGGAAAACCAAUUACACCUAAAGAUGGUUUUGAUGUACAAACAGAUCAAGCAACUGGUACAUCCGUAUUAACUAUUAAACAAGUAACACCUAAACAUGACGGUAAAAUAACUGUUAAAGCAGAAAAUCCUGCUGGUUCUAUUGAAGAAACUGUUCAAUGUUCAGUUAAAACUGCGCCAAAAAUUACAAAAAAACCAACAGAUACCGAAGCUCUAUUGCAUACAGAUGCCGUCUUUACUGCUGAUGUAUCUGGUUCGCCUAAACCACAAGUUGAAUGGAUUCAUGCUGGUAAACCAGUAAAACCAUCAAAGAAAUAUGAAAUUAUUGAAGAAACUCCGACAACUUCAAAAUUAAUUAUUCAUGAUGUUACACCAGAAGAUGAAGCACCAGUUCAAAUUAAAGUUAAAAAUCCUCUUGGUGAAACUGAUACAACUGUUCAACUUAAAGCACUUGAAACACCACGUAUUGAACCACAAUUAACGGAUAAACAAGUCGUACUUAAUCAACCACUUGUUCUUAAAACGAAAGUUUAUGGUCGUCCAAAAGUUGAUAUUCAAUGGUUAAAAGAUCAAAAACCAUUGACAUCAUCUGAUCAUAUUAAAAUUGAACGUAUUGAUGAUGAAUGUAUAUUAACAAUUCCAAAUGUUAAAGAAGAAGAUAUCGGUGCAUAUACAUUAUCAGUUAAAAAUAAAGUUGGAAAAGUUGAUUCAGUAGCAAAUGUUAAUGUUACAGCUCCAUUGAAAUUUCAAAAUCAAUUAAAUGAUUUAGAUAUUAUACAAGGUUCAAAUGGAGUCCUAACUGUUGAAUGUGAUGGUGUACCAAAACCUAAAUUAACAUGGUAUUUUAAUGAUACUGAAAUUAAAUCAACUCAAAAAACUCGUAUUGAUACCAAAGGUCCAAUAAGUACAUUGACAAUUAAUAAAGCAGAUAUGCCUGAUAUUGGUGUUUAUAAAGUUGUCGCUGAUAAUGGAAAAGAAAGAAUUGAAACACAAGCUAAUAUUGAUGUUUGUGUUAAACCAAAAGUUGAAGGUAAACCUGCUGAUGUUUCAUGUCUAUUAGCUGAAACAGCUAAAUUAACUGUUAAAUUUUCUGCUAUACCAAAACCAAUAAUAACCUGGCAUAAAUCUGAUGGUACAGAAGUAAAACCUGAUGCACGUAUUCAAAUAGUUAAUGAUGAUAGUGGACAAUCAACAUUAAUUAUUAAUGAUACAACCAUGCAAGAUUCUCAACCCUAUACAGCACGUGCAACAAAUAAAGCUGGAUCUGUUGAUGCUAAAAUUAAUUUAACUGUUAAAGAAGUGAAACCAACAUUAAAAAAUGAUCUUGAACCACAAACAAUUAAUGUCGGUGAUGAACUUGUUUAUCGUCUUAUUGUUGAUGGUCGACCAACACCAUCGGUGAAAUUCUAUAAAGAUGGAAAUGAAAUUGGUCCAGUUACAAUUGAACAACCUACAAAACCAGGUGAUACAACUGUUACUGCUGUUCUUCGUAUUCCAAAGGCUAAAAUUGAUGAUCAAGGUGAAUAUCAAGCUUCUAUUGAAAAUUCAGCUGGAGUUGUUAAAACGAAAAAAGCUAAAGUGACUGUUCAACAAAUGCCAGUUUUUCUUAAAGCACCUGAAGAUGCAUCUGUUAGUCAAGGUAAAGAUGUUACCUAUGAAGCCCAACUUUCAGCAUAUCCAAUACCAAAAGUAAAUUGGUUAUUAAAUGGCAAACCAUUAACACCUAAUGCUGAUUGUGCUAUUACAUUUGAUACAACAACACAAAAAGCUUCAUUAACCUUACGAAAAGUUGAUGCUGAUAAACAAGCUGGAACUAUUACUUGUCAAGUUGAAAACCCAGCGGGAAAAAUAACACAUGAUGUUAAACUUGAUGUUCGUACACAACCAAAAUUAACUAAACCAUUACAAGAUGAAAGUAUUGUUCAAGGACAAGAUGUUACUCUAUCAAUUGAAGCAAUAGGUAAUCCAGCACCGAAACCAGAAUGGUAUUUUAAUGAUAAACCAAUUCCAACAAAUGAUCAACGUUUUCAAAUUGUAACACCGAAGGAAGGAAAUCUCUAUGAACUUAAAAUAAAACAAACUAAACCAACUGAUGAAGGUGUCUAUAAAGUUGUUAUGAAAAAUAGUGAAGGUGAAAUAACAAGUCAAGCAAAAUUAAAUGUUCAUGUUGCACCUGUUAUUGGUUCUUUACCAGCUAAAAUUGAAGCUGUACAAGGACAACAAAUAAUAAUUCCAUGUAAAGUUUCUGGACAUCCAAGACCUGAAAUAACAUUUUUAAAAGAUAAAAAAGAUGUGACAACAUUAGAUGAUAAGGCUCGUUUUCGUAUUGAACAUGAUGAAAAAACUGAUGAAGUUCGUUUGAUUAUUUCGGAUGUUAAAGAAGAAGAUCAAGGUAAAUAUACAGUUCGUGCUAAAAAUCCAGCAAAUACAGUUGAAGAACAAACAAAUUUAAUUGUUACUGCACCAUUAGCAUUUAUUGAAAAAUUAGAAGAUACAGAUGUAAUUAGUGGACAAAAUUUAACAUUAACAUGUCGUUGUCAAGGUAUACCAAAACCAACAAUCAAAUGGUUUCAAAAUGAUAUUGAAAUAAAAUCAACAACAAAACAAAAAAUUGAAUCCAAACCUGAUGGUACACAAAUAUUAACAGUCAAUCGUGUUGAUUUAACUGAUGGUGGACAAUUUAAAAUCGUUGCAACAAAUCCACAAGGGACAGUUGAAUCAAUAUGUAAUGUGAAUGUUCUUAUGAAACCAAAAAUUGAUAGUAAACCACAAGAUAUUCAAGUUGUUAUUGGUGAACCAGCUGAAUUAAAUGUUAAAUUAUCCGGUGUACCGAAACCAAAUAUUCAAUGGUUAAAAAAUGGUGAACCAUUUGAUAUUGAUAAUAAACGUAUUAAAACUGUUGAAAAAGGUGAUAUAUGUUCACUAAUUAUUGAUAGUACACAAUUGGAUGAUAAAGCAUCAUAUACAUUGAAAGCAACAAAUAAAGCAGGUGAAACUGAAUCACCAAAAAUUACAUUGAAUGUAACAGCUGUUCAACCAAAAAUACGAACAGAUUUACAACCAACAUUAAAUGUAACUAAAGGUGAACCAAUCGCUUUAACUAUACAAGCAGAUGGUAAACCAAAACCACAAAUAAAAUGGUUUAAAGGAAAUGAUGAAAUUCCAUUAAAUCAACCUGGUGUUAAAAUUAUUGAAGAAGGUGAUACAUAUAAAUUAAUUAUUGAAAAAGCAACAGAAAAAGAUCAAGGAGAAUAUAGUGCUGUUAUUCAAAAUCCUGGUGGACAAGUGAAAUCAAAAAAGACAAAUGUAACUGUUACAAAAUCGCCUGAAUUUAUUUCUAAACCAACUGAUACAACAGUUAAACAAGGUGAAACAGCUACAAUUCAAUGUGAAAUUGAUGCACUUCCAUUACCUAAAAUAACUUUAUUACGUGAUGGAAAACCAUUAACGCCUAAAGAUGGUAUUGAACAAACAUUUGAUGCAUCCACUCGUCGACUUACUAUCACAGCUAAAAAUGCUCGUGUUGAUCAAAGUGGUCCAAUAACAUGUAAACUAGAAAAUCCUAUUGGUUCAACUGAAACUUCAUUUAAAUUAAAUGUUACAGCUGCACCAACUAUUUCCAAAGGUUUAACUGAUCAAGAAUGUUUAUUAGGUAAAGAAUUACGUCUAACAAUUGUAUCAGCAGCAAGUCCACAACCAACAGUUAAAUGGUUUAAAGAUAAUGUUGAAUUGAAAAAUGUUGGUACUAAAGUGAAUGAUGAUACAUAUGAAUUAGUUAUUCCUAAUGUUAAACCAGGAGAUGAAGGUAAUUAUAAAGUUGUUGUUUCUAAUCCACUUGGUGAUAAAGAAUCUCAAUGUAAAUUAACUGUUAUUGAACCAACAGAACUUAAAUGUGAAUUUCCUGAACAACAAAUAAUUCAAGUUGGUAAACCCAUUAAACUUGAAUGUCAUGUUAGUGGUCGUCCACAACCCGAAGUUACAUGGACAAAAGAUGGUAAAGAAAUCAAACCAUCGGAUCGUGUUGAAAUCAUUAAAAAACCUGAUGGUACUUGUAUAAUGUCAAUUAAAGAAGCAACACCAGAAGACAAGGGUGUUUAUAAAGUUAUAUGUAAAAAUAAAUUACAAACACGUGAAGCUCAAACAAAUAUUCAAGUUGCAUCCCCAUUAAAAUUCAAUACAACACUUAAAGAUACUAUAGCACAAGUUGGACAAAGUGUAACACUUGAAGUUGAUUGUGAAGGAUUACCUAAACCAACAGUGAAAUGGUUACAUAAUGGACAAGAAAUACCAGCAUCACCUAAAUAUAAAGUUGAAUCCAAAGGAAAUAUUAAUAAAUUAACCAUACCUAAAGUUGAUCUUAUUGAUACAGGUGUCUAUGAAGUUAUUGUUUCAAAUGGUCUUGAAACUAUUAAAGCACAAUCAAAACUUGAUGUUUGUCUUAAACCAAGUCUUAAAUCUGAUUUAGUCAAAGAUAUAACUGCUCAAGCAGGUGAAACAAUUCCAUUACAAAUCAAAGUUGCAGGUACAAAGCCGAAAGUAAAAUGGUUUAAGAAUGGUGAAGAAGUUAUUGAAACAACGGAAGAAAAUUUUGAAAUUGUCGAAGAAGAAGAAACAUAUACAUUAUUAAUUAAAAAAGCGAAACCAAAUGAUGGUGGUGAAUAUCAAGCUGUUAUUACAAAUGAUGUUGGAGAAGUUAAAACAAAAAAAAUUAAAGUACAAGUACAAAAAGCACCUGAAUUAAAAAAGAAACCACAAUCAUUAGUUACGGUUAAAGAAGGUGAACCAGCCCAAUUUGAUUGUGAAUUUGAUGGAAAUCCAUCACCGAAAGUUACAUGGUUACGUGAUGGAAAACCACUAACACCAAAAGAUGGUUUUGAUAUUAAAACUGAUACUGCAACAGGCAAAAGUAUAUUAACAAUAAAUCAAGCAACACCAAAACAUGCUGGUCCAAUAACAUUACGUUUAGAAAAUUCUGUUGGAACACCAAUUGAAGAAAUUGUCCAAUUACAAGUUGAAACAGCUCCACAAUUAUUACAAAAACCACAACCUACCUGUGAAGCACAUAUAAAUCAAACAGCUUCAAUUCCAUUUAAAUGUUCAGCAACACCAAAACCAACAAUUAAAUUAUAUAAAAAUGAAAUACAAAUUCCAUUGAAUGCUGAUCAUUAUGAACUUGUACCUAGCUCAACUGAUUCAACAAGUUAUGAAAUAAAAAUUAAAAAUGUUCGACCUGAUGAUGAAGGAAAUUAUCGUAUUGGCAUUGAAAAUCCAUUAGGAAAAACUGAAGCUCAUGUACAAGUAACAACAGUUGAUGCAGUAUCAAUAAAACCAUCAAAACCAAAUAAAACUGAUUUAAAACAACAUGAAACAUUAGUACUUGAAUAUAUUGUUGAUGGAAAACCAAAACCUGAUGUUACUUUUAUGAAAGAUGGUAAAGAAGUUAAACCAUCACCUAAAACACAAAUAACUUAUGAUGAAAAAACAAAAGUGUGUCGAUUAGUAACAACAGAUGUUGGUCAAGAAGAUCAAGGUGUUUAUACAUUAAUUGCAAAAAAUAAAUUAGGUAAACAAGAAACUGAACCAGUUAAAGUUAAUGUUACAGCACCAAUUGUUGUUAAAACAAAAUUACCUGAAACUGUGGAUGGUAUAUUGGGUGAACAAACCGUUUUAACUGUUGAAGCUGAAGGUCUUCCACAGCCAAAAGUAACAUGGCUGUUCAAUGGUCAACCAAUAAAACCAUCACCAAAACAUAAAAUUGAAACAUCAAAAGAUAAUCCAAAUCAAACAACAUUAACUAUUCCUAAAUUAGAUACAACUGAUACAGGUAAAUAUACAGCUGUGAUUGAGAAUGGUUUUGAAAAAAUUGAAACAACGACUACAUUACAUGUUCAUACCAAACCUAAAUUAGAAUCUAAACUUGAACCAAAUCUGACAUUUGAUAUUGGUCAACAAGCACAAAUACCAAUUCGUUUAAGUGGUGAAAAUAAUACAGUUAGUUGGUAUAAAGAUUCUCAAGAAAUUAAAUUUGAUAAACGUAUUCGUGUCGUUACAGAAGAAUAUAAUUCUUAUAAAUUAAUUAUUGAUGAUUUACGUUCGGAAGAUAAAGGUACUUAUUCAAUGAUAAUUAAAAAUAAAGGUGGUAAUUUAGAAAUUAAAACAGUAUUAAAUGUUAAAGAACAAAAACCACAAUUAUUAUCGGAUUUAAGUGAUUCACCAGCUGCAAAUACAGCUAAAAUCGGUGAAAAAUUCUUCUUAGAAAUUCGUGCACAAGGUAAACCACGACCACAAGUCACAUGGUUAUUUAAUGGACAAGAAUUAUCGUCGAAUUCAUCUGAUUAUGAAUUAAUUGUUACUGAAGAUGGUACAUAUCGUAUUGUAUUUAAUCAAUUUCAUGAACGAUAUCUUGGUGAAUAUCAAGCAAUCAUUACAAGUACUGCAGGUACAAUACGAACAAAAGUUAUACGAGUUGUUGGUCAACAAGCACCCAUAUUUACUCAGGCACCACCUAAAUUUAUACAAAUAAAAACAGGUGAAAAAUUAACUAUUGAAUGUACAGCAAAAGGACAUCCACCACCAAAAAUAAGUUGGUUACGAGAUGGAAAAGUUCUAUCAAAUAAAGAUGGUUUUGAUAUCAAAUUUGAUCAAACAACUGGUCAUUCAACAUUUAUUAUUCCACAAGGAACAGUUAAACAUUCAGGAAAAUAUGAAUGUAAAGUUGAAAAUCAAUAUGGUACACAUACAUCUGAAAUUAAUAUUGAUGUUCUUCCACCUCCUGUAACUCAACAAAAAUUAAAAGAUUUUGAUGUAAAACGUGGACAAGAAGUUACAAUUACUGUUACUGCAAAUGGUUCACCAUUACCAUCAUGUAAAUGGUUUCAUGGUGAUAAACAACUUCAAGCCAAAGCUAAUCGUAUUAUUAUGACCGAUGAUGGACCAACACAUAUUUUAAAAUUACUCGAUGUUGAAUUAACAGAUGCAGGAUCAUAUAAAGCCGUUGUUGAAAGUCUAACGAGUACAACUGAAUUAAUCAGUCAAGUCAUUGUUAGAGAUGUAACAGACGAAUCAUCUGUACCAGUUGAAGUUCGUGUAAGUGAAGGUGGAUCAUGUACACUUGAAUGUCAAGCACCAGGUACACCUUUACCAGAAGUUAUUUGGAUAAAAGAUGGUCAACAAAUAAAAGCGAGUGAAAAUUUUGUUUUCGAAUCAUCUGCAGAUGGUGUACAUCGUUUAAUAAUCAAAAAUGCUGUAUUUGCAAAUGCUGGAAAAUAUAUUGCAAAUGUUAAAUAUAAAAUACAACAACAUUUCAUGAAUUUUAAUGUUACUGUUACAGAACGAAAAGUAGGAACAUCAGCUAGUGCAACUAUUAAUUUAACAGGAUUAAGUCUUGAACAACAAAUACAACAAAUUCAAACUCAAAUACGUCCAUUAUUUCUUCAUUUUGGUUUACAAGAUAUUCCAUCUUCACUGAAUGAUAUUUUAUUUAAUUUAACACAUGAUAAAAAUUUUCAAACACCACAAGAUCAAUUGAAAGAACGUGAACGUUUAUUAACUGUACUUGGAAAUUAUUUAUAUCAAAAUUCAAAUCGUCAAUUAGGUAAUGGAAAAAAACUCAAUUGGCCAGAAGUCGUAAAAAUUAUUUUUUAUAAUCGUUUUCCACAAAUUGCACAAACACAUCAAAUUAUUGAUAGUGCUGAUGGAUAUAAUGUUCAAAUAAAUGAUCUUAUACAAUAUUCGAAAUAA